UCUUGAACAAAAGCCAAAAGGCAAGUCACGGGUUGCAUGCAUACAUGCACCCCACAUAUGCUGGCAUGAAAUCACAUUCACAAGAUAUACCGAGUGAAUAUUCUCUACACUGCUGGAAAGAAAAUCUAAAAUGGAGCUGAAUGACGGGUUUAGAAUAUUAGUCUAUGCACUCUUGGUCAUUUCCUCUUCCGUUGGUAUUGCGUUUAUGGUGUUUUCGUGGCUGCUGUACCGAGUUAACAGGAAAUAUGGACAUUUGCCUAGCCCACGACCUAGAAGUUUCUUCACUGGUCACUUGUCUCCCAUUAAUGCUGUUGCAAAGAAAAUGGAAUUUCCAGUGCUGACUCUUUUGCAUCAGUGGACGAGAGAUCUUGGACCAGUCUUCUGGGUACGAUUCAUUAUACAGCCAAUGGUUUUUUGCUCUAACCCCCCAACAGUCAAGGAAGUUAGCCUGGACAGCCGCCAUCUCAAGCCUCAUUCUCUGUAUGAUCGGUUCCACUCUGUGUUUGGUGAGAGAUUUAUGGGAUAUGGGCUCCUCUCAGAAGUUAACCACGAGAAGUGGCAUACUCGUCGAGCAUUGCUAAACCCUGCCUUCAACCGCAAGUAUCUAAAGCAAAUGAUGGACCUUUUCGACGAGAGUGCGACCCGUCUUCGAGAUCAUCUCAUCCCCUUAGCCGACGACAAAACGCUUGUUAGAAUGUUGGAGCAUUUCAAUAAUGUCGCUCUGGAUGUCAUUGGAAAGGUCGGCUUUGACAUGGAUAUUAACGCCGUCGAAAAUUCCGACUGUCCCUUUCCGUCAGCGGUGGCGCUAGCACUUCAAGGCAUAAACGUUGCAUUUCAGAACCCCCUUACUUUGGUUGAUCCUCGCAGCAAAGCACGCCAAUAUCGCCGAUCAGUGCGCGACGCCGUCAAACUGGUACGAAACAUUGGCCAGGAUUGCAUCGAAAAGAGAAGAGAGGCAAAGAAGAAAGGCGAGGAGUUGCCGAAGGACAUACUGACAUGUAUUUUGCAAGCCGAGGACGAUGUUGGCCAGAAGAUUGAGAUGGCAGAAUUGCUCGACGAGUUCGUGACAUUUUUCUUAGCUGGUCACGAAACAACGAGUAAUCUCCUCGCAUUUACCUUACUCGAGAUUGGAAGACACAAAGACGUGGCUAAGAGACUAAAAGAUGAAGUAGACGAAGUCCUCGGAAGUAAAUCGAUUAUUGAGUACUCGGAUCUCUCGAAAUUGGAAUACAUGUCUAGGGUAUUUAAAGAAACAAUGCGCCUUAACCCACCUGUAAGUGGUUUAAGCCGUGUCCUUGCUUCUGAUGUUCAAUCGUGUGGUUACGUCAUUCCAAAGGGGACAACUAUAAUGUUCAUGACAUACGUGACGUCACGAUUGGAAGAGUUUUUCGAUGAUCCUCUUCUAUUCAAUCCUGAUCGAUUUAUUCCAACUGAUGAAACGCCGAGGCACUUCUUUGCAUACUAUCCCUUUGCCAUUGGGCAACGUAAUUGUAUCGGACAGCAAUUAGCUCUGAUUGAAUCAAAGGUGAUCUUGGCAAAACUGUUGCAGAGUUUUGACUUUAGACUGGAGCAAUCUCAGCGUCAUAUCAUUCUUAGAGAGGUCACCAACAAACCGAUUGAUGGAUGCAAGAAUUACAUUAGCCUCAGGGACUAAAGGUCCAUUUAAUCAAACUUAAUUUCCAACCACAUGGCGGAGAGAUAUGGCACCGUAUGGACAGCGAAAUAUCGUCUUUCUAACCAUGGCGUGAUCAGAAAGAAGAUCAAUGCAGAAAGAAUUUUUUGGUUGCAAAGUCAAAACAUCAUCUAUAGAAAUAAAUGCCGCAGUUAGUAAUAAAGGAAACAAGUCGUGUUGCGAACGACCGAAGACAUUCCUUAUUAGACACGGCUUAAUUCCCGACCCCACGAACACGAUAAUGAUAAGCAAACUCAGCUGUAA